UGUGACAACAUUAAGAAAAUCAACUGAGGAAGCAAACCCAAAGUUACAGGGCAGUAAUUUGAGGAUUUGUUGAGGAUGACUGGAAGUUUGAUUGAGAAUCAGUUUUUUGAAGACCAUUGCACUGAAUUGACAGUACUUCCUUUCAUCUGGAGUGUCCAGACAGAAGGACCACAUUUCUGUCUUGACAUGAAAAUGUCUCAUCUGAAAGAGCUAAAAUUUAAUUUUGAGUUUGAAAAUAAAGCCAAAAGAAUACUUAAAUUCGACAUCUCAUUAAAUGAGUUAGAAGAGCUGCAAUGUGACAGCCUGUCUCCUUUUAUGAAUCUGCUUGAGUUGAAUAUGUCACUCAAUUCCUUGUACAGCAUCUCAUGGCUCAGUGCCUUGCCUUUGCUGAAGGUUCUGAACCUGUCACACAACGUUAUUGAAACUCUCCAAGGGUUAGAAUGCUGCACGAUGUUGACAGAUCUGGACCUUUCGCACAAUCGGAUCAGGAGUAUCGUAAAUCUACCUAUUCUCAACAAUUUGACUAAGUUGCACCUCAAUGGCAACAAGUUGGAGUCUCUGGAAGGUGUUCAGCAUGUCCCCCACCUCUGUGAGCUGUAUGUUCAGGGCAAUGGUAUUUGCAGCCUCCUGCCUCUCUCCAGCUCACUGAACCUCUGUGUUCUCGACGCAUCAGACAACAUGAUUCUCUUCCUCUCUGAAAUGCUGCAUGUUCUUGAAAACCUGAGGAGACUAAAGCAGCUGAAACUCAAAGGCAAUCCCUUAACCCAGGAUAGUCGAUACAACAGUGCAAUUAGGCAAUCCACGACUGUUGAAAUCCUGGACAAUGUGCUUCUAAGGGAUGGGCUCACAUAUGGGUUGACAUUCGAAUCACCUCCAGACUUGCAAGGGCAGACAAAAGAAGGGUUGAAAGAGAGUGCUCGGAUGGCAUUCCAGAGCAGAGUCCAGGAGAAACGGAUUGAAACUGAGAUGGCUGUCCAUUAUCUUCACAGCAGGAUAUUGAGUCUUCAAAAAGAUAGCCAGGAAAUGGAAGACCAUUUAACACUGGAGUUGGAGGCAUACUACAGGUACCUGGAACUAAUUUAA